CAAUGACAUACGCGCCUGCGUCAGACGCAGCGUCCAGAUUCAAACUGGUCGGCGGUUAAGAAGAAAGCGGCAGCAAGCGAGGAGGGCGCAAGGCAUACAGAAACCAACCACAAUUAAACUAAAUACAAGAUGUCUAAGACACUGAAAGGAAUCACGCUGAAGGGGAGUGCAGAACUCGUUGCGGAGUUUUUCUCGUUCGGUAUCAACAGUAUCUUGUACCAGCGAGGAAUCUACCCAGCAGAAACCUUCACCAGAGUUACACAAUAUGACAUGAGCCUUCAACUGACCACAGAUGCGAAGCUGAAGAACUACCUCACCAAUGUCAUCUCACAACUCAAAGAAUGGUUGUUUGAUUGCACAGUUCAGAAGCUGGUGGUGGUCAUCACAUGCCUGGAGACUAAUGAGGUGCUGGAGCGAUGGCAGUUUGAUCUUGAGUGUGACAAGACUGCAAAGGAGGGCAGCGCACCCAGGGAGAAGUCCAUAAAAGCUAUCCAAGAGGAAAUCCGUUCUGUUAUCAGACAGAUCACUGCCACAGUUACCUUCUUGCCGUUGUUAGAAACUGCCUGUGCUUUCGACCUUCUGAUCUACACAGACAAAGACCUUGAGGUACCUGAGCAAUGGGAGGAAUCUGGGCCUCAACUAAUUGACCAAUCAGAAGAGGUCCGCUUGCGUUCCUUUACUACUACUAUUCAUAAGGUGAACAGUAUGGUGGCCUACAAGAGGACAAACUCCACGUGAUUUCUUCUUUUUUUUUUUUU